AUGUCGGCUUCCAUCCGAAACUUGCAGCGAGGCGUUACUCGUGCCUUUUCGCAGAGCUGCGCUGCUCUGGUCUCGCGCACCGCACCGACAUCUUCCUCGUCCAAUCCGAUCGCCUCCACGUCGUCGUCUGCGAGCUCGGUACGCUCCAAGCAGCACGACAAGCGUCAACAGAAAAAGAAGGAUGCCGUUUUGCGCAAGGCCGUCGAAAUGUACCAUCUGACCCCGUCGUUCCUUCCGAACCCACAACAAGCCUCGGUGUCCACGUCCGCACGCCAGUCCUCGGCAUCCUCGAACUCGUGGGAAUCUGCGCUUGACAACACAAUUUACUCUUCCAUUCUCAACACCGACUCGGUCUCUCGACGCUCUCCCAACCUCGUUCCUAGAGGUCUCACUGAGUUCUCCCGCGAGCAGUCCAGUCGUGCUGCUUCUGUUCCCGCUUUCGGAAACACCGAACAGUCGGCUUCGAGCCGUGCCAAGGACAUCCAUUCCUUUGCCUCAGAUCUCACCAGCACCACCUUCCUCACACGCAGAGAAAGGGAAGCAGCAGCAGCCGACCUCACCUCGGCUAACCGAUCCAAACCAGCUGGGGGCGCUUCGUCCUCUUCCCAGCAGAACGGAGGCGGUCUCGAGCACUUUACCGACGGCGACAUUGCCAGGUAUCAGAGGAGGCACAACCACUCUGCUGGCGCUGGAUCUUCCUCUGGCCUUGACAGCGGCAGAUACUCUGGCGCUGAGCGACUCACGCAUCUCGACCGCAUCACUCCCGGCGGAAACGAGUGGUACCGCAGCCAGGGUCUCGACACGAGAAGCGCUCGAAUUCGCGACGCCAUCUUUGGCACUGUUAACGGUGAACUGCCCGGUCUCGAAGUGGUCCGAGAGAGAAUCGCAGAGAUGAGGCGUGAGAAUGCCGCCUCCCGGCCAUCUUCUUCCAACUAG